CACUUAUUUUGUUUCCAAUAAAUCAAAGCUCCAAUUUUUAUUAGUAUAUUCUCUCCAAAGUCUCCACUAAGAAUUCACUUCCCCUUUUCUUCUUCUUCUUCUUCUUCAUCACAUUCCUUUGUUUCUAUUCUCUCCUUCACAACCAGGCCAAGGUAAAGCUGUAUUCUUUGUUCUUUCUGAAGAAACCAUGCCUGUUCUUACAGAGAGCUCAGAGCACAUGAAAUGGAGAAGACCCAGAAGCCAAUUAAUCCAGCCCAUUUCAGAAACAGAUCCAUACAACCCAAAUCCAGCACCAUCCAUAAUCCAAUCCACUCGCUGCAAAUCCACAAUCUCCUCCCUCCUCCUCUCCAACUUCACCGCCACCACCAAUGAAGCCUCAUCCUCAAGCCUCAGCACCAAGAAGAAGACAAACUUCCCCUCAUCAGCAAAGUUCAGAGGCUUGGGCUGCACAGCCUCAGCCUCACAGCAAGUCUCAGUGCCAGCUGUGAUCAGGAGCUCAGCAGAUUGGGAAGGGAAGAAGGUGAAGAAGAAAAAGGUUAAUAAGAAGAAUGUCAGGAAUGAGUUCAAGGACAAGAGCCAGAACCAAGGAGUGGUUGAUGGGCCUGUUGGGUUUGGGUUAAAUUCUGCAACUUGUAUGGAUUUUCAGGAUGUUUGGUGUGGGCCUGGAAUUGGGUUCUCAGCAGAGACUGCUGGCUCUGUGGAUUGUGUUGUGGCUAGGAGAAAUGUUUCUGGAAGAGGCAAGAUUGAUGGGGAUCAUAAUAGGAUGAACAGCCACAGGGAGGUACGUCCUUGUUUAGCAAGGCGAACUGUGAACCCGGAUACUAUCUCGUUUCUUGAUUCUGAACCUGAAUUCCUCUUAAGCCGCCCUGGAUCAGAGGUGUUUGGAAGUAGGUGUUAUCGACAUGUUCGCCAUGCCUCUCCUGAAGGCCUCGCAGAGAUUAUGAUGUUUCAAAGUAGUCUUAUGAUGGGUGGAAGAUCAGACAUGGAUAGAUAUAGAGAGUGGAGACUUGAUGUUGAUAACAUGACAUAUGAGGAACUGCUUGAGCUAGGUGAGAGAAUUGGUUAUGUGAGUACUGGAUUAAAAGAAGAUGAGAUAAGCCGGUGCCUUCGAAAAAUUAAGCUUUCAAUGUUGAGUGAUCGGUCACAACAUUCACCUGGGCAAAUAGAUGGCAAGUGCAUCAUUUGUCAGGAGGAAUAUGAAGCAGAUGAUGAGAUGGGUAGACUGAAUUGUGGACACCUCUUCCACUUACAGUGUAUAGAACAGUGGCUUGCUCAUAAAAAUACUUGCCCUUUUUGUAAGGUUGAAGCGACAACUAAACGCUAGGACUGGUGAACUCUAAGUUUCCCAUUCAGUGCUGGUGUUUUUGUUAACUGUGGAGCCCUGCAUGUAUAGAUUUGUUCUUCAACACAUGAGCAAGUAUUCAUUAUUUGGUUUGAAGUCUUGGGCGUUUUGCUCUUUGGGCAUUUCCAUGUUAUCAAUUUGGAUGGUGGUCAUUACAAUCUCUACAAACAGUUCUUAUAUCAUACUUAUUUUGUGGUUUCUCCUGCCUUUUACAUGCUUAUAAAUUCUUGAAAUGCAAU